CGGUCAGGAAGACCUGCUCUUUCAGCAGCACGUCAGUCCUGAACCGCCUGCCGGUGUUGCGGGAUUGAUUUCUGGGGCUCUGGAGUUUCCAGCCUGGUGUCCUGCGGAUGGGGCGCUUCGAUUCCCCCCUCUGUCACUUUAAGAAUCCGCGCUGCAGCAGACGCAGUUGCCUCAUUUCAUCUCGGGGCUCCGUGGCUGCAGGAUGGACUCUCAUCAGCACCGCCAGCGUCUCUUCUUCCUUCUGCCUCCCGGGACCAUCAAGUCAGGCAGGAACCGAGGCUCCCCCAGCGCGCGCGGCGUCCCGCUGCCCCCCCGGUACGGCCGCUGCCGCAGCGUUGGGUUUGUUUGUCCCGGCUUGCAUGUAGGACACAGCUGGUGCUGAAUUGGAGUAGCUGUGACAGAACCCAGCAUCCCGCUCUAGAGCUGGGACAUUGCCCCUCACGUCAAUGUCUCUCACUCCCGGUCGAAAACCCGCCUCCAGCCAGCGCAGGCGCUCAGUGGGAACCAGUGGGGUUAGUGGGCGACACGUCCUCAGUGAUGCAUCCAGCACUCACACCUACCCCAGCCGGGCGAGGGCUCCGGAGGGCAGCCCCACGGCCAGGACGUAUCCCAGCACACCCAGGCGUCAAAUGAAGCACACAGCCUGCAGCGACAAUCAUGGAAUCAGGCCCCCCAGCGCAGAGCAGUACCUUACCCCCCUGCAGCAAAAAGAGGUGUGUAUACGACAUCUGCGAGCCAGACUGAGAGAGAAUGUGGAACGGCUUCAUCACAGGGACUAUGAAAUUGAAGAACUGAGGACGCAGCUGUAUAAGAUGCAGGAGGACUGGAUUGAGGAGGAAUGUCACCGCGUGGAGGCCCAGUUAGCUCUCAAAGAGGCUCGGAAGGAGAUCCAGCACCUCCAGGAGGUGGUUGAGUCAGUGCGGUCCAAUCUGGGCAUCAGAGAAAAAGACCAACACGACCACAAGCCAUACCUCGGACUGCAGGGAGCCCGUCCGGGGGGGCGGUCCCGCUCCUGCGGGUGUUCUCCGGCCAGCACGCUGAGCCGCAGCGCCGCCUGCGGGCGACAGAGCACCGAAGCACUGCAGCUGGAGCGCAGCUCUAACGCUCCAGAGCCCGCCGGACCAUCUCACCCCGCGGGGCAAACCCACCUGCUCCUGGAGGCGGCUCUGCUGUCGGACCAGCUGCCACCGCAGACCUGCGACGUUCGGGGCCCGUCGGCGGGGCCGUGCUCGUCCAACCAUGACAGGGUGUGCGGUGGAGGCGGCGUGCUGUCGCACUCCUGCCACACGCUCAGCAGCAGCUGCUUGUGUAGUGGGCGCUCGUACCUCCCUCACCAUCACUUGUUCCUUCACCUGCCUCAAGAGGAGGUCCCAGCUAGAGCGCCGACCGCUGCGGCCCCCACGCCAACUCCCACCAACCCCAUCCCCGUUCCUGUGGUUGAGCGGAAGCCCGAGGUCCGCUCACAGGCCUGCAGCCCCACCAUGACCUGGCUGCAGGAGGAGAGCGGCGUGCAGGAGCUGAGCGUCAUUUCUUUAGCUCCAGCAGACAGCCCCCCCUCAGAGCCCACUUUACCUGCGGCGCCCCCGCCCGAGCACCCCACCCAGAAGUUACCAGCACAACCCCAAACCUCUCAGCCCCAACCUGCAGGCCAAGGGGUCCCCACCCUGGACGAGGACGCGGCGGACGAGGACGACCCCCCGCCGCCGUUGUGCCACUGGAGCCGUUACUUCCUGGUAGAUCUCAUGGCUUUGGCGAUGCCUGUGGUCCCAACUGUGGCGUGGCUGUGCAGGGGGGCGCCACAGGAAGUCAUGCCUGUGUAUCAUAUCGGGUCGCUGCUGAGAGGCUGCUGCGCCGUCGCCCUUCACUCACUCCGCCAGCAGGGUGCAGGGAGGGGGCGCAGGCCUGCCAGCAUGAACGGAACCACCUAGACCAACUUCAGCUGAUCCGAACAUCCCGUCAUUUGGAUUCUGUUAACUUUAGUACAAAGAAUGAAUUUAGUCGUUUGAUUUCUCAAAUCUGCUCCUGCCUGACCUCCUUUUCUUACGCGAUUUGCAUGUAACACACUCGGUUUGGGUUCUCCUGCUUGCAUCAUCGAGCCCAAUGUUGCUUUUAAUGAUGGAACAUCAAAGAUUUGCUGCUUAUGCUACAAAAAUUAAACAUUUCCUAACAUGAGCAUUUUGACUUAAAAACAGAACAUGAUGAUAUUAAGGGAAAAAAAUAUUUUUGAGGAAUUUUCACAGUCGGACCCGAGCAUGUUCAUCUGAUCUCAAACUCAGGAGCCAAAACCAAGAAUAAAAUUCAGAAGCCUCCAAGUUUGUGUUAUACUGUUUAUUUACAUCAUAGAGAUCCAAAACUUGAGUUUAAGGCUGAACAUUUGGUAAGUAAACACGUGAAUGUAUGAGGAAAAUAAGCAUGUUGGUAAAGGGAGUCGAUGUAUUUUGUUUCCCCCCAUCAGGCUAUAGAUUUGUGCAAAGCUUUAAGUAAAAGCUGACUCUCUUUUGUGCGUCAGCGUUCAGAAAUGUUAUGUAACAGAUGUCGAAACUGCAAUAAAAGUACAUGCCUUAGCACUGAA